ACAUUGAUGACACUAGCAAAAUUCCAAAACUUACUGACCCUAGGAAAGCAACUAGUAACCUCUGCUUACAAUAAUUCAGACAGAUUUUUUUUUUAAAAGAAAGAAAACAAAAAAACAGCUCUAACUUCUCAUGUUUCAGAUUAAAAUCAUAUAUGAUAUGUUGGGUUGGGUGCGAACCACAACACUGCACAAAGAUUAGGGUUUACAUUUGGGAGGAAGCAAGAAAGAGAUGGGUGAGGCGUGCAUUCCAACAGUUGAUCUCUCUCCUUUCCUGAGAGAGGAUGAAGAUGGAAAAAAGAGAGCCAUAGAAGCAAUCACCCAAGCCUGUUCUGAAUAUGGCUUCUUCCAAAUUGUGAACCAUGGAGUUUCCCUUGAUUUGGUUAAAGAGGCCAUGCAGCAAUCUAAGACCUUUUUUGAUUACUCUGAUGAAGAAAAGAGCAAGAGUAGUCCUUCCUCUGAUGCACCACUUCCUGCUGGCUACAGUAGGCAGCCUCUGCACUCCCCAGACAAGAAUGAAUACUUUCUGUUUUUUUCCCCAGGUUCCAGCUUCAAUGUCAUCCCUCAGAUCCCUCCCAAGUUCAGGGAUGUACUUGAAGAAAUGUUUGUGCAAAUGAGCAAGAUGGGUGUGCUGUUGGAGAGCAUUAUAAACGAGUGUUUGGGUCUCCCUACCAACUUCUUGAAGGAAUUCAAUCAUGAUAGAAGUUGGGAUUUCCUUGUGGCCUUGCGUUACUUUCCAGCUUCUAACAAUGAGAAUAAUGGAAUCACAGAGCAUGAAGAUGGCAACAUAGUUACCUUUGUUGUCCAGGAUGGAGUGGGAGGCCUGCAAGUCCUUAAGAAUGGAGAUUGGGUCCCUGUUGUUCCUGCAGAGGGAACUAUUGUGGUCAAUGUUGGUGAUGUUAUACAGGUCUUGAGUAACAACAAGUUCAAGAGUGCAACUCACCGAGUUGUGAGAGCAGAAGGACGAAGCCGAUACUCUUACGUGUUCUUUCAUAACUUAAGAGGAGACAAGUGGGUUGAACCACUGCCACAAUUUACCUCAGACAUUGGGGAGCCACCCAAGUAUAGAGGAUUCCUAUAUAAGGAGUAUCAGGAACUGAGAAUGAGGAACAAGAGCCAUCCACCUUCUCGGCCUGAGGAUGAGAUCCACAUUACUCAUUAUGCCAUUGAUAACUAGACUCUUGUGUAGAUCCAUUACUGCCAACAAAAAUAAUCAAUUAAUCAUGCCUAGUUCUAGUUUCGUAGUAGGGGUUGCUUGGACCUAUUUUUGGUUCAUUGUUGCUCCCAUGUUGGCUUAAGGGAUAUGGAAGAGGUCUUGAUCAAAAUUUAAAUAUCAGAGAUUUAGUUGUAUUCUGCAAGUGACGUGUAGGAACUAACACUGUGCUGAUCUUGAAGAUUAUGGGCAUGAAAGGGCUCCAAAUUCACAAUACAUUAUAAUAACUAUUGUUCAGAACCUAUAAUGAUAACUAUUCUCCAUGCAUUGAUCA